AUGUUUUGUGCUAUCUCUGGAGAACCACCAAAGGUCCCAGUCGUGUCGAAGAAGAGCGGCCUUGUAUAUGAGCAGCGUCUCAUUCAAAAGUACAUCAACGACAAUGGCAAGGACCCAGUGACUGGCGACACCCUCGAUCUGGACGACCUCAUUGAGAUCAAGUCAAAUCCAAAAACAGCAGUACCUCGUCCUCCACAGCAUAGCUCGAUCCCUUCUCUGCUCACUUCCCUGCAGAACGAGUACGAUGCAAUCAUCCUCGAGACCUUCACACUCAAAAAGCACUACGAUAACUUGCGGCAAGAGCUCGCGCAUGCGCUCUACGCCAACGAUGCAAGCGCAAGAGUCAUUGCCCGUUUGCUCAACGAAAGGGAUCAGGCACGCGAAGCGUUAGCCAACAUUCAGGGCACCAUCGGCGCUGGACCUUCUUCGUCACGAGCAGCACAAGAUGUCGAGAUGGCCGACUCGGCGCCUGCUGAGAACGGCUCCGCGGCGAGUGGCAGUAAGCUGCCGUCCGACGUCGUCGAGAUCAUUGAGUCGACCGCGCAACGACUCUCAAGCCAGCGAAAGGCAAAGUCGAAGCGCAAGGCUCCUGAGGGCUAUGCAACUCAGGCUUCUGUGGCCGAGUUUGCAGAAGUGCAGAGCUUGCCGUCGAUGCACCACGCCAAGCCUGCUGGUGUAUCGUGUCUCACCUUGUCUGCAGAUGGCAAUGUGCUUGUGACCGGAGGCAACGACAAGAAUGUACAGGUGUAUGAUCGAAAGCAGGACCAAGUGUUGGCAACGCUCAAGGGACAUACAAAACGAAUCACUCGCGUCGCUGUCACCGGCACCUCCGAUGCACCCAUUGGGUCUGAGGCUGCCAGCGAAGAGACGACACUUCCUGACUACGUUGUCUCUGCGAGCGAGGAUGGCAAGGUCAAAGUGUGGGCACCUAGUGGCGCGAAAGGCGCCAAGGCACAGGUAUACGCCCUUUCGAGCACCAUCAACGCGCACAAAGGCGAAGUCACUGGGUUGGACAUCCACCCAUCUGGCGCCUUGUUCGGAACUGCCGGACGCGAUGGCACCUUGACCGUGCGUAACUUGUCCGACAGCGCCGUAAUUAUUCGUCUCGAAGCUGAUCUGGAAGACGUCUACGAGUCAUUCGCGUUCCACCCAGAUGGUCAGCUCGCAGCAACCGGCACGUCCAGUGGCGCUAUCCGCAUCUGGGACAUCAAGGCCGGAUCCAAUGCUUCCAGCCUUCAGACCGAACUUCCGGGACGCGUCUCCUCGCUUCAUUUCAGCGAGAACGGGUACUAUCUCGCCGCAGGCUCAGAUGAGGGUAAGAAUGUCGAGGUUUGGGACUUGCGCAAGCUCACUACUGUUGGCAAGCUUGCGAUUGAAGAGGAAGGAAGCACCGGCGUUUCGGCAGUCAAGUUUGACCCUUCGUUGCAACUGCUCGCGGUGGCAACGGACAGCGUCAACGUGUAUGCGAACAAGUCAUGGACCCACCUAGCAAAGUUGCAAGGAACAGCAAACUUGACUGGGCUGGCGUGGGAUCACCGAGAUGGCAAGAUUGUCGUUUCGAGCCUGGAUCGCACAGUGCGCACGUUUGGCCUCGCUGCUUGA